AUUCGGCGGCGCGCCGAGCGCCGAGCACACGUACACGGCUGCUGCCAUGUGUGCGUACGUUGCGCGGCCUCAAUUGGCGCCAGUGAUCCCAGAAGGAACCUCGAGUGUGACAUGGCAUCUGCUUUGAGACUUGUGCAUCGUGUGCAUCAUUUCUUACCUUCCUCUCGCACAACACAACGUGCUCACGCGUAUUUAAUCGCCAUAGUCAUCUGAUCAAAUCGCCAGAAUUAAAACCUGAAGGAGACUUUUUUUUAAUAAAUUGUUCCGGUUGGAACAAGAUCGCCUUCAACCCUCCUUUGGAUUAUUUGGCGACCCUGAAGGAGACUAAACUAAGAGAGAUACGAUCUUCGCGCGUGACUUCGAAGUUCUUCUAGAGCGAGGGAAAGGUUUCGCAUUAUCAACCGAAACGCAAUGGAAUCGGCGGCGGCUGCGGUUCUCAUGCGAGCCGUGGAGAUGGACACGAAGGAACGGUAUACGAUGGCGUUAGUUUUGUACCAGGAAGGCGUACAAAUACUUCUUGAUGCUGUGAAAGAGUCAAAGGAGGCCCGCAAGGCGCAAUACCUCACUGCCAAGACAAAGGAGUACCUGGACAGAGCUGAGAAAGUGAAAACAUUUAUUAGUACGAGAAAAUCAGCUGGCACGUACAGGGAGAUGACUAGAAUCGAAAAUGGAUCGACGGGACACGGUUACGCGAGCGUUUUUGGUAGAUUCUUAGAUGGAAAUGUCACCUACAUCGACAUCGAGGAUCCGUACAUACGAGCCUUUCACCAAUGUCAGAACCUGGUCAGAUUCUGCGAGCUGGCCGUUCAGAAAUGCUGUGCAUUAUCCAAGAUAUCUCUGCUCACGACUUACGAUUCAGAAGAUUCCAAUCAAGUCGCGAGAUUAGCCGAGCUGAAGGAAAGUUUGGCGUCCCAUCAAAUCUCUUUUGACCUGUCCUUCUCUGAAACGUUGCACGACAGACAAAUCACGCUGAGCAAUGGAUGGGUGAUAAAAAUUGGACGUGGAUUGGAUUACUUUAAGGCACCGGAGGGCAAGUUUGUUCUUGGCUCGUGUGACCUAGAACUGAGACCGUGCUUGGAAACCACUGUAGACAUUUUUCAUAAAAAUCAGCUUCAGCAGCACACUAAAUAAGCUGGACGUGACGUGAUCAAUUAAUAAGUACCAAAUAGUUAAUAUUUUUGUAAACUUUUUACGAAUGUGAUAUGUGAUAUGAAUUAUGGGCACAGUGAUUUAACAUGUGAUAGUACAAUUAGAUGGCUAUGUCUUUACAGUAUGUAUUCAUAUCUAAGAUAUGAUGCGCAAAGUUAAAUAUAUUUGUACAUACAUGUUUAACAAAAA